UUUUUACGUGGCAAGCAGCCGCCCACAACACGCCAGCAGGACGGCACGGCAGCCGAGAGGAAACGGAAUUGGGGAUCAUCUUGCAAAUUGAUCCGUCUGUUUCAAGAUUUAAUUGAUCAACGAGACGGUAAAAAUUGAUCUUCUCCUAGGGUUCAUCUCGCGAUGAGCAGCGCCGGCGGUGGCGGCAUCGUCCCGAGAUGCAAUCGUGUCGUGGGAGACUACAUCAUCGGCCAGCAGAUCGGGGCGGGCGCCUUCUCCACCGUUUGGCGAGCGCGGCACCGCGUGCGGGGGACGGAGGUGGCCGUCAAAGAGAUCGUCAUGGAUCGUUUAUCCAAGAAGCUGCAGGAAAACCUCCUCUCCGAGGUCUCCAUUCUUCGUCGGAUCAACCACCCCAACAUCAUCGCCCUCUAUGACUUCAUCCAGACAUCUGGAAGGAUCUAUCUUGUAUUGGAGUACUGCAAAGAUGGUGACCUAUCUGUAUAUAUUCAAAACCAUGGGAGAGUUCCAGAAAUAAUUGCAAAGCAUUUUAUGCAACAGCUAGCUUCUGGUUUGCAGGUGCUUCGUGAUAACAAUGUCAUCCAUCGUGACUUAAAGCCACAGAAUCUUCUCCUCUCAACACAUGGAGGAAAUUUUGUCUUGAAAAUAGCUGACUUUGGCUUUGCAAGAUCUUUGGCACCUCGAGGCUUGGCUGAGACUCUUUGUGGUUCACCUCUUUACAUGGCUCCAGAAGUAAUGCAGUUUCAGAAGUAUGAUGCUAAGGCAGAUCUUUGGAGUGUUGGCAUUAUUCUUUACCAACUUGUGACUGGAAAAACACCUUUUACCGGGAAUAGUCAAAUACAGUUGCUUCAGAAUGUCCUCAAAACAAAUGAGCUACAUUUCCCUUUUGAUUGUAAUUUGAGCAGUGAAUGUGUUGAUUUGUGCCAAAAGUUGUUGCGCCGAAAUGCUGUUGAACGGUUAACAUUUGAGGAGUUCUUCAAUCACCAAUUUCUUUUGGAGCAACCUACCAAUGCCACAGCAAGGAUUAAAUCUAAAAUAAGAGAUGACUUUACACAGCUUGAAUACAGUCAAAAGAGGUUAUCAGGAGAAAUUUCACAUGAUGACAGUCUGCCUUUCCCUUUAGAUGAGGAAUCUGUUUUGCAGGAAACAAGCAUUCCUGAUCCCCAGAACAAGGGUUCAGUGAGACGUACUACUGGGUUUACUGUUGGUGCUGAACUUAAUAAUCUAUCUUGCAGUCCAUUAAAAGAUGUCACCAUUCCUUCCAGAUAUAGGGGUCAUGCACAAGAUUUUCGUGUGUCUCCUGCACAAAUUGCUAAAGAGACAGAGUUUGUGAUAGAACAAAAGCCUUCUAAUUCCUCCAAAGAUUCUGCAGUCGUCGAUUCCUUGGAAUUUGUUGAUCAGGAUUAUGUGAUCGUUCCUGGACCCCCACUGGAUAUGUCUCCCUCUUCAGUAAGCCCCAGUCCAACCAAUUCACCUCGCAGAUCAGAAAGUCCACCAGUUGCAUCUUCUAAAUUUAAUGGACUAAGUGCACCAUUGCCAAUUAUUGGUGCAGUAGUGGGUAAUAGCCAUACAAUUGGAACUCCAGGAAGUGGUUGUUCUGCGUCAUUAACUUCACAGGGUUCCAUGGACAUGAUUGAUGCUAUGGAACAGCCAUCAGGCCAUUUCAUGGUGAGGAUCAGAUCAUUGCAGCAGUUUGCAUCUGUCAUAACAGACAUUGUCAAAGAAAAGAUUGCAAAUGGUCAACAUCACGAAGCAUUCUCAGUUCAGCUAUUGGUUCUUGCUAUCUGGAAGCAAGCACUGCGCAUUUGCCAUGCAGAGGCUGCAUCCACAUCAGAUGUCAGUCCCUUACCGGAACAAAAAAUCCGAAAGAACUGCAUUUCCAACACUGCCGAAUAUUUGAAUUGCAUAGACUCUCGAGUGUUAAAUCCAGUUUGUUCGGAGAUUGAGAGAGAUUUCCUCCUUGCUGUCGAGUAUGCUGAGGAGCUUGCCUCAGACAUCAACCAGAAAACAGCGCCUUCCGAGCUGCCGGACGCAAUUGAAAUAAUAUUCCAAUCUGCUCUUACAUUGGGCAGACAGGGCGGUGUUGAUGAGAUGAUGGGGAACAUGGAGAGGGCAUCAUGUCAGUAUUCAAAAGCAGUAAGCUUGUUGCGUUUUCUUCUAGUGGAAGCACCGUCUUUGGUGCUCAGUCCAUCAUUUACGCCCACAAUCUCAGACCGUUAUCGUCUGCGAACAUAUAUUGAUGCGCUCAGCAAUAGACGAGAUCAAUCCUCCUUCCUAAUAUGAAGGGCGAUGUUAGUGGAAGUCCAAGAUUCUACGUUACGUAGUUCCAAUUGUUUGUAAUGAUUCUUUGGGCUGAUGAUGUCAUUUGACAAUGUCGUAUCCACUGUAACUGUGAAGUACCAACUUGUAAUUAUCACGGGAUACAAGUUGUAGGUAACUCGGCCCCUGCUGGAUUCCUAGUCAAUAUAGACUGUUAGUAAACUUUCUGGAAGUUUGGGUGCAAAACAUACAUCCGAGCCCACAAUAGAACUUUGAUUCUCCCAGCUAAUGAAGUUAAUUAAUUUGAUGUCUUCCUUCA